CAUAUGUCAAAUGGCGCAUAUGUCAAAAUAGUAGUCAAUAAAAAAUGGUAUCUUGGAGUGCUUUAGGCCGAUCUUUCGGCAUUAGUUUACUUAAAAAUCAAGGCACUAAGCCAAUCGUAGUCCAAAAUGUGAAAUUAUCAACUAACAAAGCCCUCUUUGGCGGCCAUGAACACCAAACGAUGCCGCUGCAGCCAUCAAGAUGGCAAUACAUCAAGUUCAAGGAUAUGUUCCACUACUACACGUUGAUUGGGCUCAUUCCCGUGGGGCUGAUCAUCUUCUACACGAACGUGUUCAUCGGGCCGGCGCAGCUGGAGCCGAUCCCUGAGGGCUACAACCCGAAGCACUGGGAGUACCACCGCCACCCUAUUACGAGGUUUAUCGCGCGCUACAUCCACUCCAGCCCUCAGCAGGAAUAUGAGAAAUUCAUGCACUGGAUCGAUGAGGAACAGCAGAAGGUCAAGCUCCGUGCCCUGGAGAAGGAAAUCCAAGCCAAGAUGGCCGAACGCCAAGAUUACCAGGCCUUCUACUACCGACCCAUGGUCAACAAGUACCUCCGUAUUGAGAAGAAGAUUAGCGAGGAGAUGCAGGAGCGCAUCGGUGACGACUACAAAGAUUAAGCAACUCGGUGAUGUUAGUAUAAUAGUUCAAGUGAUUUGUUACAUGUAGAUAAUAAACAUAAAUUGUUGCUUAAUUUUCUGUUUCAAUGUGAAAUGUCAUUUGUAUGAUUCUCCAUUUGAGACAGGACUUGAAGGAGCUUAAGAAAGCAUACUGCCUUGAAUAUGAAAAUUAAUGUAAUCUAUUGAAUUACUAGAAAUCUAUUUAUUCAAGAGUUCUUUUGCAAUCUUACUUGCAGCUAGUGGCAAAUCAUAUGAUAAAUAUUUUGCAAAUAUAUAUCUAAGUUGUUGCCAGUUUGGUAACCAGGCAUUUACUGGGGCAUUAUAAACAUCUAUUUGUGUCCUAAAAUAUCUAUUUUGACUAUGUUAUUGGAUAUGUUAUCAUUGAAAAAUAUCUCUUAAACGGGUCCUGUUUGAUUUAGAGAGUUCAUUACAUGCCUGGUGUAAAAGGCCUCCUAUCCAAGUUUGUAUACCAAUAAAGUUUACUAUGACUUGUGUUAAUUUAUGAGGUCAUGCAAUGAUUUGUCAACUUUUGGGCAAAUAAAAAACUGCAAACAUA